AUGUUUCCAUAUGACGACGCCAAUUACUGGGACUCGAGAAGCUCGCCUAACCCAAACAAGCCAUUUCAUCGCGCAAAACCACGAGACAGUGUAGAACGACUAGACGUAGAGGAGUACGUCGACGAUGGCAACAACGAUGACUGUACCUCGAGCAAGAAUGGAUAUGACCACUACCACGACGAAAGCCACGAGAAGUACGUGCCUGAGCAGGCGAACGCUGGCCACGAUGAUGAGAACGCCCCGGGCGUGGCUGAGGGACAGCACUACUAUACCGAUGAUGAGGCGGCCAGCGUUGAGGGAAGCCAGUACGCCUACAUCCAGGAUACGGACCCGGUGUAUCACGAUCACGACGAUGCGUCAAGUGAGCCCGAGAAGGAGACAGAUGAUUGGGAGAUCCCAGAGCCGAUCGGUACGGUUGCGGCAAAAGAAAAACAAGCUAUGACGGAUAGCCGUGGCAAGUGUGAUACGCAAAAGGAGGAAGAACGCCAGUUGCAUGGAGUCGAGAUGCACGCACUGGACGAGUUGCGCGAACUCAUCAAGACCCAUGAGCUCAUUCAUAAAAAGAGAGCGGAAACCAACCAUCACCUACCCACGAACCGGGUCGUUACCCCAGCUCACAACGCGUUAGUCAAGGAAGACGUCAAGGAGGGCAUGCUGAUUGCGGAGUCGUUUAAAGCAAUCAAGGAUGAGAAAGCCACUACGCGCGCAAAGCUAGCGAGCCGACUUGACAAGGCGGAGCAGACAUGCGAAAGCGAGUGCGCCACGUUCAGAAAGCAGAUUGAAGGUCUCUAUGGUAUCGCCAGGCUUUUGAGCAUCCAGCUAGACAAUGCAGAACUGGACGGAGAUAGAUACAAGUAG